UCCUAAAUUCGUAAUCAUGUAAGGUUAAGCUAGGGUUUCCAUUUUCCAUAGACUCCUUUUGUACUCCUACUUCCCGCGGCAAAUUUCUCUAUCUUCUUCUCUCCCUGUCUCGAUUGAUUCCUGUUCCUUUGACUAGCGUCUUCGCGUUUCUCUCGCAUUCCACUCUCCACUGAGCCCGCGCGCGCGCGCGCAAAUUAACCAAAGUCAAACCCCUAAACCGUUAAACCCAAGCCCGCCUGCCUCCAUCGCCUUCUCCCUCCACUGCUCUCUCUCUCUUUCUCGCAUGGCGGAGCUCUCUCACUACGGCGACGGCCGUAUGCUCGAUUCCCUCAUGCUUACCUGCUCCUCCGUCGCCUCCGCCGAGGCGGAACUCCGAAGCCUCUUCUACCAACUCUCAUCACACAGUGGCUUACCGACAGAGCUCUUGUUAGGGCCCGAAGCCGUGCGACCCGACCACUCCGAACUCUUUGCCUGCUGGGUCCAGCGGCUACAUGCCCAAGUUGCUGCCGAUGGUGAAAAGAGAGGAGACGGAGAGGAGCGUAUAGAUGCGCUCGAUCGAUGGCUCCCCUUCUGCCCGGAUCUGAGGCGUAGGAUCAAAAAGCUCGUCAGCAUACUGGUUGCAGCGCGGAGCUGCAGUUCGGAGAAGCCUGAUAACUUAGUUUUUAAGCGGAGAAGCGAUUCCUUGUGGAAUGUGCUAUUGAUGCUGAAGAACGUGGCUGCGGAUCCUUGCGAUAAAGCGGGACUAAAUCAGGAAUUGAAGGAUCAGAUACUUCGUGUACGGAAGGUUCUAUUCUUGAGGGCGGAGGAGAUUUCCAUUUCUGACAUGGAAGAGUUUCCUUAUCGUUCGAGAAAGCGGAAAGCUCGUUUUUGUUCAAGUGAAACAUCAAGAGGAGCUGAAGGUGAGAUGUUACAGCAGCCAACACGAAGAUCUCAAAGGACCCUUGGCUUGCUAAAAAUUGGUGACAGCCAUCUCCCUAGAACACGGAUUCCUGUGGGCUCUUCUUUUCAGGCCGAUGUGCCUCAUUGGACUGGAUCACCAAGUUACAAGAAUGAUUCGGAUGAUUAUGUUGAGGCGGAUGAUUCUAGAUGGUUGGGUACCCCGGUUUGGCCAGCAAAAGCUUGUAAUGUCAAGAUAAUUGAAGAGAAGAUAGGGAAAGGAAGGGCAGACUUUUGUUAUUGCGCUCACCCAGGUUCUGUAGAAUGCAUCAAGAUUCAUGUGAACUCUGCAAGGCUUCAGCUUAAAUCCAACUUGGGUUCAGUUUUCAGAUAUUGGGGGUUUUACGAAAUGGGUGAAGAAGAUGUAUCGAAGUCAUGGACAAGUGAGGAGCAAACAAUUUUUGAUAACUUAGUGAGGCUUAAUCCUUUAUCCGAGGGUAAGAGCUUUCUGGAACCCGCCACAAAGUAUUUCACCUCCAAGAGCAAAAAAGAUAUAGUGAGUUAUUACUACAACGUUUACGUUUUGAGACGGAUGAGUAACCGAACCAGAGUGUUGUCAGGAACAAUUGACAGUGAGGAUGAUGAAGGCAAUGAUAAAGCAUAUGAUCUUAGAAGCUAUGCGUUUGUCCCAGUUCCUGAGGUUUCAUACUCUAUAUCUUCUCAAAGCAGGUGUAUAGGUUGGAUGUCUUGAAUCUCAGUAAUGAGCUGCAGCAGCAAUUUACAAAUAUUUUGACUGUUGGAAGGAGCCAACCAACUGAUGCAUCAUCAUAUAUUAUAGAUCAUGAAAGAAAAGAAAGAUUCAUUUGAUUUGAGCUUCAUGUCGAGUAAAGUUUAAAUGGUGACGGGCCAUGCCGAUUUUCUACGCAUCAGUUGAAAGCAACUAAAUGGCGGCUUCCAUGACAUGAGAUAAAAGUAAGGCACAAUCACUUUGUUAUUCUUUCUCUGUGAAUAUGUAAAAGCCAAUUGGGCGGGCUUACAACGAGAAUAGUAUAAAAUGUAUUUUCAAGUGUUCUCUCCCUAACCCCUCUUUGUGUUCCUAUUGUCCAUUUGUUAUUACGCACAAAUUCCAAACUCUCUGCAUGAAUCGACGUGGUUGGAGUUUAA